AUGGAUAGAGUAUUAUUUUGGCUCAAAAAGGAGUACAAACCCCGCUCUGUAUACGUGAGGGGUAGUGAUCCCGUACUGAAUGGCGCACACGUGAAGCAGUCAUACCCGGCUAAUAUCGUGCGCAACCAGAAGUACAAUGUGUUGACAUUCUUGCCGAUCGUAUUGUUCAAUCAGUUCAAGUUCUUCCUCAACCUCUUCUUCCUGGUGACCGCCUGUUCACAGUUCAUACCACAGCUCAAAGUGGGACAGAUCUACACGUAUUGGGCGCCGUUGGGCUUCGUGUUGGCCAUCACUUUGCUCCGGGAGGCUGUCGACGACUUCAUGCGCUUCCGGCGCGACAAAGGCAUCAAUAACCUCAAGUACAAGAAGUUGACGCGUGAGGGGCAGGUGGAGGUGCGCAGCUCCGGCAUCAAAGUGGGCGACCUUAUUGUUGUGACCAAAGACCAGAGAGUGCCGGCGGAUAUGGUGUUCCUGCGCACGAGUGAGGCUAACGGCGCCUGUUUUGUGCGAACCGAUCAGUUGGACGGCGAGACCGAUUGGAAGCUACGGCUGGCCGUUGGGGUCACUCAGGAGCUCGAGUCAGACAACCAGUUGUUUAGUUUGGAUGCCUUCGUGGACGCAGAGGAGCCCAGACGUGAUAUACACACCUUCACGGGGAAAGUCACCUUAGAUUCUGGCAGAAAAGAGGUCUCAUUGAACAUAGAGAACACAUUGUGGGCCAAUACAGUGAUAGCAUCGGGCGUUGCCAUCGGAAUAGUGAUAUAUACGGGACCCGAGACUCGAUCGAUGAUGAAUAACAACGAACCCCGCAGUAAAGUAGGACUUCUUGACUAUGAGAUCAACACUCUGACCAAAAUCUUGUGCGUAGCCUUAGCCUUUAUGAGGGUUAACCUGGAAAUUGGACGAGUGGUCUACUCUUUUAUGAUUCAGAGAGAUAUGGAAAUCCCGGGAAUUCUGGUGCGAAACUCGACGAUUCCCGAAGAUUUGGGUCGAAUUGCAUACCUAUUGACCGAUAAGACGGGAACUCUGACUAAGAAUGAGAUGGUAUUCAAGAAAAUACAUCUGGGAAAGAUUUCGUACACCACUGAGUAUUUCGAUGAGUUGACGGCACUUUUGCAGGCCUACUACACACCGAUGCUCCCGGAGCCCACUAACCCACGAAGUCAUAAGCGCCAGAUGUCUAAUAUAAGUACCGCCAGCUUCACUAUAGAGCGCCGACAUUUCCAGCGACAAGUGUCUGGACAUAUGAGAGUGGACUCGUACGAAGUGGACAGGGAUAGCGUCCAUCGGGUCCAACAGGCUGUGCUGACCAUUGCGUUGUGUCAUAACGUGACGCCCACUUACGAGGACGGGUCCAAUCCCUACUCAGACUCCGGUGACUCUAAAGUUGCCAUCGAGUGUGACCCAUUCGACAUCCCAAUGACCUCCAAAGGGAUUACAUACCAGGCCUCGAGUCCUGACGAGGUGGCACUGGUCCAGUGGACCGAGAGUUUAGGCGUGGCUCUGGUCUACCGGGACUUAUCCACAAUGAGAAUCCGUGACCCGAAUGGAAAUAUCAUGACAUUUGAAAUUUUGCAGAUAUUUCCGUUCAGUUCGGAGACCAAACGCAUGGGUAUUAUAGUG